CGCGGGACUACCUCAAGAUCAAAAGUUGCAUGCAUACUUCUAGCUGUGUUUAUUAAUGUGAAUUGUAUUACGACAAGUGGUGGUGAAACUCGUUGGCAGCUAUUCAACCAGUGCAGUAAAGCAAUGUUGCAAACCUAUCUAGGUCAUAUUAACACUCGAGGAGAGUCAUCUCGCCUUUGCCUCACCGAUUUCAAUGUGAAAGUUAACCGGUUGGGAAUGUUUCAACUUCAACACGCUCAAUCCAGAAAGUAUGUGUGCUUCAAUCGGCGGAAACGAGUAACUGUACGGGUGAGUGAACUCGGCCUUUCAUUCGAUCUUUCCGCCUAUGAGUUCCUUAUCAUUGGAUUUAUCAACACCGUAUACGCGCUACGACGAGAAAAACAACACAUUAAAGUGGUACAAGUAGUACUGAAGAAGACGACGAAGAACGUCGUGGAGAAGGCCGACAACAACGAUAGCGAUCCAACAGCACGC